AAAAGGAUAAAAUAAUUUACAAGACGCUUCAUUUACCCAAUUGUAAAUGUAGUAUAUAUAGAUAUGAAUAAACUUAUAAAAACGAGUAAUUUAAGGAUUAAAUGUAUAUAUUUUAUAUAAUAAAAUGUUAAGUCUAAUCAAACUGAUAGCUUGAGAUGUAUUGCUCGAUUUGAACGAUUAAAUUAAUCAUUAUGAUCUUUGAAUUCGUUUCGAUUUCUAUUGCACAAGAUUAAUCCUCGCCUUUCACCGGAACCAGAGUAACCCUCGCGUUAACCUUAUUGAAACUUUUCACCCCUUCGAAGGGGAUGAGACCCUUAUUGUCCGCCCUCUUCCUUCGAAUUUCGAGACAACCGUGAACGUUUCCACAGCCUACUUUUUUCUUUUCCUUUCUCUCCUAUUACACCCCUAAAUAUCUUAUAUAUUCGCUAUAUAAGGAAAUCCAACACUGAUCUUGAUGUUUAACAUUUUUUUUUUUUCUUUGCAUCAUCGAUGUACUUUCAUUACAGCUCUCAAUAACCAUACUUUCUUAACUUAGCUUUAAAAUAUUAAAUUUAUUCAUAUAUAUAUAUAUAUAUAUAUACGAAGCAAGAAUUGCAAUGCGAAAAAAACGUGUAAUAAUCGUAAUUUGUAUUACAAACUUUGGAAUGAAUAGAAAAAAAAAUGGAGACGAUCACACGAAUAAGAUGAUAAGGAAAAUGAAGAAAUUUGUACGAUAUAAUUCGACUCGAUUAUUAGUGUCAUACGAGAGAUAACGGCGAAUGAAAUUAAAAGAUAUCGAUGUGAUUUCUUAGCGUGUCGUAUAAUACGCAGUUCUCGAUGCAAACUAUUUUAAUAUUAAGCGUGUCGAUCAGAAAAAUAAUAAUUUAUUCGUAUAAUAAAUACAAUUAUAAAAAUAUACCUUUCUACCUAAUUUUCUACCUUUCUAAAACUUUGAAGACCAAUUUCGAGCGAUUCGGGACGAGGAGGCAGCGCGUGAACGUUUAUUGGUCUCCUGUUGCACCUUCCCAAGGGAUUAGACCUGCGUAUGAUGGGUCCCGAUACUAUCACCGAGGUGUAGGCGGUUUCAGUCACUCCCACUUACGCCUGCGACACGCAACCGGCGUGGCCUGGUCCCAUCCUGUUUCGAAUUUACCGCCAAAAUAUUCGCGAAAAUAUUUUCAAGUUUGAAAAUACCCGCGAAAAACGAUUUCUCGUUGUUGCGAGCGAUUAAUGGUAAAGAAAGAAAGAAUAAAUAAUUAAUAUAAAGAUAAAGAAUAAGAUAAAGAAUUUUCACGACGAAAUAAAACAAUCGAUGAUUAUCUUUGAAAAAGUUUCGCUAUUCUACCUCAAAAGAUACCGAGCGAUAUCCCUUCUCCUCCUCAAAGUACAAGCAUUGACUUUAAUAAAUCGGUUUACAACUCGACGAAAUUCGACGAAAAUUAAACGUAUUAUAUUUAUAUAGCGCGCAUUGCAGCAGCAAACUCCACUUUAAUUCUUCGUAACCAACACACAAUAGUCGACACCGAACUGUCGAUUCGCGAAAGCGACUGUCGAGAGAAGGAACACGGAAGACGCCAAAGGGAAAGUUGACGGAGAAAGAACGCGAGAAGCAAGGAGAGCGGAGAAAGAGAGAGAGAGAGAGAGAGUUUAGGUAACUCCCACCUGUGUGUGUGUGGCAGGAGAGCAAGCACGUGGUCCGGCCGUGGUUAAUCCGCGGCGCGGCAGGAUCUAAGCAUCGGUGUUUCUUCCACUUCCACCACGGUCCGGGGUCCACCACCACCGCCCACCCGCGCUCAGUGUUCGUUGGCCGUCUCCGGGUGAAGAAUGCGCGUGAGUUCGCAAAGUCGGUCGCCGUUACCACCACCACAACCACCACCACAACUCUGUGGAACAGUAGUGGCACGGUAAACGAUCGCGAAGGUUGCCGGCACACGCGUUGUGGGGUCCUUUCCUCGUGCACAUCGUGUGUGGGUCGAGGUGGAAACACACACAACCCCGCCGAUCCGCGCCUUUUUUCUAAUUUCGUCGGUAAGCACGUGGCGUGUGGUGGUGUAGCGCGUUCGAGGAACUCGGCUGUGGCACACGCGAGAAGAGGCGCGCACACGGACCUCGUCGUCAUCGAAGAGACAACCCUCGAAGCACGAGGGCAUUGGCCGAGAAGAGGGAAGGCGAGAGGCCUUCUGCGCUCAUCGAGGAUGCCGCCGCUUCCUCGUCGUCGGCGACGACGUGGAUGUACGCGCUUCUCGAGGGUGGAUUAUUGGCGGACAGCGGUGGUGUCAUGGGGGACGAUGUCGCGGUGGUGGUCGGCGAUGGCACCCGCGUGAACACCACCCCCCCGCCCCUUCGCCAGGCCCAAGAGAGCCAGCAGGAUCAUCGCCGCCGUUACCCCCGCGAACAGCCGGAGAUAGAAAGGUAUCGGGAGCAGAGGGAGGAGUUGGAGGACCUGUUGUGCUUCCAAAGGGGGCCCGAGCAGGAGAUGGUCGCCCAGGAUAUGGCGCAGAGCUACGCUCACCUCCUCCACCAGCCCCCCCCUGGCCGGGAACACCAGCAGGAAGAGUUCAUCUCGUUGGACGAGCUGCAGUCGAGGAUCCAUCAGGACAAUCGAGGUGGUGGCCAGGUUCCCGCCAUUUUGUCGGCGCCCGACCCCUACCAGCAACAGCAGCAUCAACAGGGGAGUUACUAUAGUCUCUCGGCUGUUCAAGAAAGUUCGUGUUCCACGGUUUACUUCGGCGACAUAGGUACGGGAUCGGGGGUGGGAGAAGUAACCGCCGCCUCGGCGGGGGGUGGCGAAGGUCUCAGCCUGACUCCAACCCCCGCCACCAGCAACACCGACGACACCACCACGACCACCGCCACCCCCAGCACCACCACCAUUACCAUCGCCGCCACCACCACCACCGCCGCCGCCGCCGCCGCCGCCACCACCACCACCACAGCCACCGCCAACCACACCACCCCGCGGAUCGUGACGGGGGCUGAACCGCCCCAGCACAUGGAGACACCCUCGACGAUGGUCCCCGACCAGGCACCCGCCUCCGGCCAUCACUACCACCGCGGCCACCACCACCACCACCACCACCACCACAACCAUCAUCAUCAUCAUCAUCAUCAACGAAGCGCCUCCACCACCCCCACCCACGGACCGCCCACCACAGACACCUCGGACGAGUUCGUCGCCGUUUCCAGGAAGCGGAAACUGUCCUGCCACGACGGUAGUGAUUUAUUGGACGACGCGGGAGACGAUGCCAAAUCAGUUCGCACAAACGACGACAGUAAAAAGCAAAAUCACAGCGAGAUCGAGAAAAGGAGAAGGGACAAAAUGAACACGUACAUAACCGAGCUUUCGGCAAUGGUGCCCAUGUGCCACGCCAUGUCCCGCAAACUCGACAAGCUGACCGUGCUCAGGAUGGCUGUCCAACACUUGAAGACCAUUCUGGGCGCCGUCACCUCGUACACGGAGGGCCACUACAAGCCGGCGUUCCUCAGCGAUCAAGAGCUCAAGACGCUCAUACUUCAAGCUGCGGAGGGUUUUGUCUUCGUGGUGGGCUGUGAUCGUGGAAGAAUUCUUUACGUAUCCGAGUCUGUUUUACAGACACUCAACUAUUCUCAGGGUGACCUGUUGGGUCAAAGUUGGUUCGAUAUCCUGCAUCCAAAAGAUGUAGCCAAGGUAAAGGAACAAUUGUCCUCUUCGGAUCUUAGUCCACGUGAACGAUUAAUAGAUGCCAAAACAAUGUUACCUGUAAAAACGGAUGUGCCCCAAGGUGUAUCGAGAUUGUGCCCUGGUGCACGGAGAUCUUUUUUCUGCAGAAUGAAGCGAAAGGUCGAAGGGAUACGUUGCAGUGAGUUACAAGUGAAGGAGGAAUCCGAGUCGGCAAGCGGAUGUCAUCGACGAAAAAAACAACAAAACGUUGAUUGGAAGUACUGUGUAAUUCAAUGUACUGGAUAUUUAAAGUCGUGGGCGCCCGCAAAAAUCGACCUCGAAGAACAUGAAGGUGAUGGAGACGGAGAGGCUUGCAAUUUAUCGUGUUUGGUAGCAGUUGGUCGGUUACAAUCCACAAUUCCGACAUCUUUACCUAAGAAGCCUCGUUUGAGAUCCAUCAAGUUCGUUUCGCGACAUGCGAUGGAUGGUAAAUUCCUCUUCGUCGACCAAAGGGCUACGUUAGUGUUAGGUUUCCUACCACAAGAGCUACUUGGAACGAGCAUGUACGAAUAUUAUCACCACGAUGAUAUCCCUCAUUUGGCAGAAUCUCAUAAAGCUGCUCUUCAAGCAUCUGAGAGUGUCACCACACAGAUAUACAGGUUUAGGACUAAAGGUGCAAGCUUUGUGAAGCUUCAAUCCGAAUGGAAAUCUUUCAGAAAUCCAUGGACCAAAGAUAUCGAGUACCUAAUAGCUAAGAACUCUGUCACUUCCAAUGACUCCCGAUCGAACACAAAUAGUGGGAACAGAUCUGAGGAUUCCAGUGUUCAAGGCAAUUACGACUACUUUGCACAAAGUAACGGCGGAUUAGAAAGAUUGAUCUCGAGUCACGUAGAGGUAAGUAAAAUUGGACGACAAAUAGCUGAAGAAGUUCUGGAUCUUCAAAGACGCGGUGAGGAUUCUUCUUCCGGUAGUAGUCCUGGACCGGAAUCUGCUUUAUUAAAUACGGAGUCACAAAUCACUACAACUGCAUCGCCGGAGAGGGUGCAGGAUGUGGCACAGUCAACCAGAGGCAGCAACAACAGCAGCAGUAAUCCUACACCAACGUACAACCACAUUGCAAACAACUUGCAGCUGAACAGCAUCGCGAACGACCAAGGAGCGUCACCAGACGAAGGACACGAAACUACUUUUUUAACUAAGGAUGUGAUGGAUAUGAUUGGUGGUACCACGAUUAACGAAUCGCCAAAUCCAGUGCCAUCUGAUGGUAACGACGAGGCAGCAAUGGCAGUGAUAAUGAGCCUUCUAGAGGCAGAUGCAGGUUUAGGUGGUCCUGUGGACUUUUCUGGCUUACCUUGGCCGCUUCCAUAGUAUAAUUCCCUCUAUUCGUGUGAACUGAAAUUUCAAGUGUCGAAAAUAACUUAUGCCUAAAUGGAAGUUAGAAGUGUGUGUACAUAAUAGUAUCAAGUGUGUGGACCAAGUUGACGUUCUUUUGAUUUUUCUUGUUUUUGUUCUCAUUGUGCUUGAGUACUUUAUCAAUCUUCAAUUGUGUCUAUGUUCCAAUUUAAUGGAAAGUAGUGCACGAACGUCACCACGAAUCGUUUUUCAUUUGUUUUGAAGCAGUUGAAAUAUUCUUGGUGCUGAGAUGGUGCUGCUUUAAGGAAUACAUAAAUCGUUGAACAUUUUAGUUUUAUAGACAUAUCAUUUCUGUGAUCAAAAAUGGAAUAUCAAACGUACAGAAUGAUUAAUAUAUACAUACGUAAAUUGAAAUGAACAUCUAUGUUCAUUUUUAUAGAGAAUAUAUAAAUUGAGACUGAUCCAAAAUUAUUUUUUGGUAGCAGUCGACGAGAGAUGAGGCAUCGUAAAUAAUGAUGAUAAUUCAGAAUAAUUCGUAAAUAGAAUUAUAAUUCCCUCUGAAAAUGAAAUCAAUAUUUUUUUAAUAUCAGUCGAUCGUUAAGUGAUUUCCUUUCAUAAUUUGUAAUUAAACGUAUGCUGUUUUACGUUUUUGUACAAAAUUAAAUACGAUUUAAAUAUUGUAAUAAAUUAAUUUUUAUCAUAAUAUCUUAGUCUGAUUUAUUACUAAUUAAAUAGUUAUUUAGAAAUGUCAAUUUCGAAUUUUCGCUCAAGAGUUUCGCGCGAUAAUAUUAGGUCUCCUACCUCAAUUUGUAUUUUAUUGUAAUGUAUCAAUCUACUUCCGCUUAUCUUUCAUUUUCAAUAAAAAAAAAUACACAAAAUCAUUCGGUAAUUCUAGAUUUCAUCGAGACUAUGAAAAUAAUUAUUGCAAAAUUAAUCUAUUUUAACACCUUAAUAAUCAAAUUUUCUGUAUAAAUAAAUUCCACAACAUUUUUUUAAAAUUUAUGGAUAAAAUUAUUU